UUCCCUUCUGCUUCCUUCCUUCCUUCCCCCGCCCGGAGAGCAAGAGAAGAGAAGGCGAUGGCGUCCUGGACGAGCACGGUGCACACGCUGGCGCCGUCCGCGCGCUGCCCGUUCCACGUCGCCGCGGUGCAGUACGUCCCCGCCGCCGCCCCAGGCAAGGACGGGCUGACGCUGGUGUUCCUGCACGCGACGAACACGCACAAGGAGUCGUACGAGCCCGUGCUAAGGCACCUGCUCGACAGGAUAAGCGUGCGCGACGUGUGGUGCAUCGAGAACCCGAACCACGGGGCGAGCGCGGUGAAGAAUAGAGAGCUGCUGGAGAGCGCGGAGUACAGGGAGACGUGGAGCGCGGCGGAGUACACCCGCGCGGCGCACGCGUUCCUCACCGCCACCGAGCACGGCGUCGACUUCCGCGCCCGCACCCUCGUCGGGCUCGCACACUCCGCAGCCUCCGCGCCGCUCCUGAUGCUGCAGCGCGCCGCGCCCGCGGUGCCCUUCGCGGGGCUCGUCUUCAUGGACGCGGCGAUCCUCCCGGUCGGGACGCGCGCCACGCAGGCGCUCUGCGCGCUCUUCGGGAACUGGGCCAAGUCCAAGCCGCACACGUGGCCCGACCUCGCCGCGGCGCGGCGCAACCUCGCCGCGACGGCGUUCCGCGGGUGGGACCCGCGCGCGAUAGACCUGUUCGUCCAGCACGCGAUCCGGCCGGUCGAUGAGUUGGAUGAAGGGAAGAAGGGCGUGACGCUGGCGUGCUCCACCAAACAAGAGGCGGCGUACUACCUCGCCCCGGGCGCGGACCUCGUCGCCGGCCCCACGCAGGUCUUCGACGCGCUCACCGCCGCGGACGCGACGCCGCUGCACGCGAUCAUCUGCCUCAACGACGAGUACAGGGGCAUGGGGACGGAGAUGAAGACGUACCAGAUCGAGCGCGUGAGGCGCAUGCGCAACGGCAGCGUGCAGAUCAUCGAGGGCGGGCACAUGUUCCCCCAGAUAAACCCGCGCGGCACCGCGCGCGCUAUAGAGAACGCGCUGGAGAAGAUACAGGCGCGGUUAAGGGGGGCGGCGCCGCUGAGCCGGCUGUGA